UAGUAGUUUCCAGCAAAGGCCUCGAGAGGGACUCUCAAACUACCACAUCUGUAGCUGUGUGAGAGAGGAAUCAACAUAUCACAAGGACAAGUUUGGGGGAGAUGCAAAGAACUAGAUAAAACGUUGAGUACUGCGGACAAAGAUAAACUAGUAGGUCGAUUAUAGUUAGAGUGGAAAUUGAGCGUUAAAACGUUGGGAUGCCAAAUCAUUGAUGCAACCCGUCGCACCUCUUUCUUUAAUUAAGUUAAUCUUUAGAAGCAAGCUACGUUGAAUAUGUAUAUUUUCGACAUAGGAUGCAAGUGAUAAUAAUAUUUUUGACACCUUAUUUUGCAUUUGGAAGCAUUUUUCCUAUAUGUGUAGUCUAGUAGGCUCUUGAAAUUUGUUGACAAAUACCUACUUGAAGAAUCAGGCAAAAGUCAUAGAGGAACAGGGGCUUUUUGGACGGGUGUAGUGAAAUGGCACUCUGGAUAGAGGCGUUUGCCCAACUGCUGUUUCUCGUGUUGGCAUGGGACCCGAGCGCACAAGGAGCGGCACCACAAGAUAUAAAACACGAGGUGUGGUUGCAGCAAUAUGGCUACCUGCCGCCAGGUGACCUGCGGACACAUGCUUCCCGCUCCCCUUACUCCAUCACCACGGCCAUCACAGCCAUGCAGAGAUUCUACGGCCUGACCAUCACCGGCUCUAUCGACAAUAACACUUUAGAGGCGAUGAAGCGGCCGCGCUGUGGAGUUCCAGACAAGUUUGGCACUGUGCUGAAGAGCAACCUAAGAAAGAAGCGCUAUGCUAUCCAGGGCCUGAAAUGGGACAAGACCGAUCUCACCUAUUGUAUACAGAACUACACCCCUAAGGUGGGGGAAUAUGAGACCAAUGAGGCUAUCAGGAAGGCCUUCAAGGUGUGGGAAAAUGUGACCCCUCUACGCUUCAGGGAGAUCCCCUACAGUCACAUACGGGACAGGGUGGUGGACAUGGCAGACAUCAUGCUCUUCUUCGGUGAGGGUUUCCAUGGUGAUGCCAGUCCCUUCGAUGGCGAGGGGGGCUUCUUGGCACACGCCUACUUCCCCGGUAACGGCAUAGGGGGAGACACUCACUUUGACUCUGCAGAGCCCUGGACGGUCGGCAACAGUGAUCUGUCAGGCAAUGAUGUGUUCCUGGUGUCGGUACAUGAGCUGGGUCAUGCUCUUGGCCUGGAGCACUCCAACGACCCCUCUGCCAUCAUGGCUCCAUUCUACCAGUGGAUGGACACCGAGAACUUCCAGCUGCCUGAAGAUGACCUCAGGGGAAUACAGCAAAUCUAUGGUGGUAGAUCAGGUGGUGGCCCUCGCCCUCCUCCACCUAACCCACGCUCCCCUAACCACCCACCCAAACCCACUCACACCCCAUACAACCCUGGCUUUGGUCCUGACAUCUGUGAGGGACACUUUGACACCAUCGCCAUCCUCCGAGGAGAAAUGUUUGUGUUCAAGGAUAAGUGGUUCUGGAGAGUCCGUAACAACGCGGUUCUGGAUGGGUACCCAAUGCCAAUAGGCCAUUUCUGGAGGGGCCUGCCGUCAAACAUCAAUGCUGCUUAUGAAAGGGAUGAUGGCAAUUUUGUAUUUUUCAAAGGAGAUAGGCACUGGGUUUUCAAGGAGUCUCUUCUGGAGGAUGGCUACCCCAAGCCUCUGAAGGAGAUUGGAAGUGGUCUACCCAAAGACAAAAUAGACGCUGCUCUCUUCUACACCCCCACCGGCAAGACAUACUUCUUCAGAGGACACAAGUACUAUCGGUACAAUGAGGACUCACGCUCUGUGGACCCUGAAUACCCCAAACCCAUCAGUGUGUGGCAGGGCGUCCCAGACAAUAUUAAAGCUGGCAUCAUGAGCAGAGACCAAGGACACACCUACUUCUACAAAGCCAAUAAGUAUUGGAAGUUCAACAACCAGAAGCUUCGUGUUGAGCCUGGAUACCCCAAGUCUGCUCUUAAGGACUGGAUGGGCUGUCCAGAGGAGGACCCCAAGACCGACGGAGGGAGAGGGGGUGGAGGACAAGACCGGGAAGACAGAAAGGAGGAUAGAGACGAGACGGAGGUGAUCAUCAUCGAGGAGGAGGGAGGAUCUGGCGGAGGGGCGGGCGUGGUGGCGGCGGUGGUGGUUCCCCUCAUGCUGCUGGCGUGUGUGAUCCUCACUCUGGGGGCACUGCUGUUCUUCCGCAGGUACGGCACCCCACGCCGUCUCCUCUACUGUCAACGCUCACUACUGGACAAGGUGUAGAGGGGAGGAGAGGGAGAGAGAAGGAACGAGAGGAGGUUGAAGAGUUGAGAGGGACUGUAUAGGAGAGAAAAGAGCAAACAGAGGGAAAUGCAAGUGGAGAUGAGGGAGAAAAAUUUGAGAACUAAAGUCAAAGGGAUCUGUAGACUGUGAGCGAAGGUUAGCCAGAGCAAGAUAUAUUUGUUAGCUGUAGCUUAGAUAUUCCUUACCGGGGCCAACUUAAAUAUGGAAUAGAUUCCUUUUGCUCUUACACUCCCACUCUAUUCCUCUAUUUCUCCCCCCUCUUCUGUUCUCUCAUUGUGGUUGUUGACGCCAGCUCAUCGCUGUUUGUUUAGCCUUUUUAAAUUUUGUUUUUCAGUUGCUGUUGUCAGUGUUUGUGUCCUGGUAAAUUUCAGCUUUAUUUGAACAUAAUUAUGUGCAGUGCCUCCAUCCAUCCAUUCCAGCACCUAUUGUGUUAAAGAAUACAACCAACGUCAUGUGAUGUUCUGCUCCAUGUUAGUAGAGGAUGCUAGAUUCUGUCAAAGCCAUUCACCUAUUAAGUGUUGCCUCAUAUACAGUAUCUCAGUUAUAUCACAUGAACUAUGAACGGUCUGGAGAGAGAGGGGAUAAACACUGAGUUUACCAAACAUUAGGAACACCUUCCUAAUAUUGAGUUGCACCCUACCCCCUUUGCCCUCAGAACAGACUCAAUUCGUCGGGGAAUAGACUACAAGGUGUCGAAAGCGUUCCACAGGGAUGCUGGCCCAUGUUGACUCUACAUGGUGUUGAAAGUGUUCCACAGGGAUGCUGGCCCAUGUUGACUCCAAUGCUUCCCACAGUUGUGCCAAUUUGUCUGGAUGUCAUUUGGAUGGAGGACCAUUCUUGAUACACACAGGAAACUGUUGAGCAUUUUAAAAAAAACAGCAUUGUUGCAGUUCUUGACACAAACCGGUGCACCUGGCACCUACUAUGGAGUUGGGGGGCCAGACCCUGGUUUCUACACAAUGAGAACACUCUUUACAGCAAAUAUUGUUUGCUGUGAAUUAUUAGUAUCUUUCAUAUGAAUCUUAACCUUGUGACCCAUUCUAUACACCUGUGAUUUGUCAUGAACAUCCAGAAGGAUGGACUUAGUCCUGCUGGUUGGGCUCUCGCUUAAUCACCUACGUGGGGCUCGUUGACAAGCUCCAUUACUGCAAUAAUUCAAUAAUAAAGUUGACGAAAUGUAAAAGUCUCUCCUUCUGAUUAGAAUAAUUCCACGACAGUCCUUAAUAUUCUUUAAUGUCAUGCAGUGUUUUAAUGAUUAUUAUUAUGAUUAUUAUUAUUAUCAAUGAUGUUGUCAUUAUUAUUAUGUCUAGUACUAUUGUUUUUUGUUCUCCAUGUAUAGAAUGUGUUUGUGUACAUUGUCAUUAAAUGUCCUGCUGGACAGGGAACUACGUUUUGAAAGUGGCCUUAAAUGUAUAUUUGAUUUGAGGGAAAGGGAAUGGGAUGGGGAUAUUAUUUUGUGAAACUUGAUUGUUUUUCCAUCUCAAUGCAAUAAAUAGAAGAUAUGAAAAUGACUCCUUUUU